ACGUAACCUACGGUGUCCCGCUAGGAAAGAGAGGUGCGUCAAACAGCCACAAGUUCCGCCCACGUAAAAGAUGACGCUUGGUGCGUCAGCCGUCCCUGCUGCCCGGUUCCUUCUCUCUGGGGUCGGGGUCUAGCUAGAGCAGGUGUUGGUUUAGGAGAUAUCUCUGGAGCAUUUGGAUAAUGUGACAGUCGGAAUGCAGUGAUGUCGACUCUUUGCCCACCGCCAUCGCCAGCUGUUGCCAAGACAGAGAUUGCUUUAAGUGGUGAAUCACCUUUAUUAGCAGCUACUUUUGCUUACUGGGACAAUAUUCUUGGUCCUAGAGUAAGGCACAUCUGGGCUCCAAAGACAGAACAGGUACUUCUCAGUGAUGGAGAAAUAACUUUUCUUGCCAAUCACACUCUAAAUGGAGAAAUCCUUCGAAAUGCAGAGAGUGGUGCUAUAGAUGUGAAGUUUUUUGUCCUGUCUGAAAAGGGAGUGAUUAUUGUUUCAUUAAUCUUUGAUGGAAACUGGAAUGGGGAUCGCAGCACAUAUGGACUGUCAAUUAUACUUCCACAGACAGAACUUAGUUUCUACCUCCCACUUCACAGAGUGUGUGUUGAUAGAUUAACACAUAUAAUCCGGAAAGGAAGAAUAUGGAUGCAUAAGGAAAGACAAGAAAAUGUCCAGAAGAUUAUCUUAGAAGGCACAGAGAGAAUGGAAGAUCAGGGUCAGAGUAUUAUUCCAAUGCUUACUGGAGAAGUGAUUCCUGUAAUGGAACUGCUUUCAUCUAUGAAAUCACACAGUGUUCCUGAAGAAAUAGAUAUAGCUGAUACAGUACUCAAUGAUGAUGAUAUUGGUGACAGUUGUCAUGAAGGCUUUCUUCUCAAUGCCAUCAGCUCACACUUGCAAACCUGUGGCUGUUCCGUUGUAGUAGGUAGCAGUGCAGAGAAAGUAAAUAAGAUAGUCAGAACAUUAUGCCUUUUUCUGACUCCAACAGAGAGAAAAUGCUCCAGGUUAUGUGAAGCAGAAUCAUCAUUUAAAUAUGAGUCAGGACUCUUUGUACAAGGCCUGCUAAAGGAUUCAACUGGAAGCUUCGUGCUGCCUUUCCGGCAAGUCAUGUACGCUCCAUAUCCCACCACACACAUAGAUGUGGAUGUCAAUACUGUGAAGCAGAUGCCACCCUGUCAUGAACAUAUUUAUAAUCAGCGUAGAUACAUGAGAUCCGAGCUGACAGCCUUCUGGAGAGCCACUUCAGAAGAAGACAUGGCUCAGGAUACGAUCAUCUACACUGACGAAAGCUUUACUCCUGAUUUGAAUGUUUUUCAAGAUGUCUUACACAGAGACACUCUAGUGAAAGCCUUCCUGGAUCAGGUCUUUCAACUGAAACCUGGCUUAUCUCUCAGGAGUACUUUCCUUGCACAGUUUCUACUUGUCCUUCACAGAAAAGCCUUGACACUAAUAAAAUAUAUAGAAGACGAUACGCAGAAGGGAAAAAAACCCUUUAAAUCUCUUCGGAACCUGAAGAUAGACCUUGAUUUAACAGCAGAGGGCGAUCUUAACAUAAUAAUGGCUCUGGCUGAGAAAAUUAAACCAGGCCUACACUCUUUUAUUUUUGGAAGACCUUUCUACACUAGUGUGCAAGAACGAGAUGUUCUAAUGACUUUUUAAAUGUGUAACUUAAUAAGCCUAUUCCAUCACAAUCAUGAUCACUGCUAAAGUAGCUCAGUGGUGUGGGGAAACGUUCCCCUGGAUCAUACUCCAGAGUUCUGCUCUCAGCAAUUGCAGUUAAGUAAGUUACACUACAGUUCUCACAAGAGUCUGUGAGGGGAUGUCAGGUGCGUCAUUACAUUGGAUGUCUCUUUUCCUAGAUUUAUGCUUUUGGGAUACAGACCUAUGUUUACAAUAUAAUAAAUAUUAUUGCUGUCUUUUAAAGAUAUAAUAAUAGGAUGUAAACUUGACCACGACUACUGUUUUUUUAAAUAUAUGAUUCAUGGUUUACAUGUGUCAAGGUGAAAUCUGAGUUAGCUUUUACAGAUAUUAGUUGACUUUCUAUCUUUUGUUAUUCUUUGGUGUGUAGAGUUACUGUAAUACUUCUGCAAUCAACUGAAAACUAGAGCCUUUAAAUGAUUUCAGUUCCACAGAAAGAAAGUGAGCUUGAACAAAGGAUAAGCUUUAGAAAGAAAAUUGAUCAAGCAGAUGUUUAAUUGGAAUUGAUUAUUAGAUCCUACUUUGUGGAUUUAAUCCCUGGGAUUCAGUCUGUAGAAAUGUCUAAUAGUUCUCUAUAGUCCCUGUUCAUGGUGAACCACAGUUAGGGUGUUUUGUUUGUUUUAUUGUUCUUGCUAUUGUUGAUGUUCUAUAUAGUUGAGCUCUGUAAAAGGAAAUUGUAUUUUAUGUUUUAGUAGUUGUUGCCAACUUUUUAAAUUAAUUUUCAUGAUUUUUGAGCCACAUUGAAAUGUGCACCUCCUGUGCCUUUUUUUUUCCUUGGAAAAUCUAAUUACUUGGAACAAGUUCAGAUUUCACUGGUCAGUCAUUUUCAUCUUGUUUUCUUCUUGCGGAGUCUUACCAUGUACCUGUUUUGGCAAUCAUUGUAACUCUGAGAUUAUAAAAUGCAUUAGAGAAUAUACUAACUAAUAAGAUCUUUUUUUCAGAAACAGAAAAUAGUUCCUUGAGUACUUCCUUCUUACAUUUCUGCCUAUGUUUUUGAAGUUGUUGCCAUUUGCCUGCAAUAGGCUAUAAGGAAUAGCAGGAGAAAUUUUACUGAAGUGCUAUUUCUCUAGGUGCUACUUUGGCAGAGCUAAGUGGUCUGUUUCUUUUGUUUCCUUAAUGCAUUUGUACCAUUUUGCUGGCUAUAAAAUAACUGAUUAAUAUAAUUCUAACAUAGUAUUGACAUUGUAGUGUACACAAACACAAAUACAUAUUUUAUUUAAAAUUCUGGAAGUAACAUAAAAGGGAAAAUAUAUUUAUAAGAAAGGGAUAAAGGUAGUAGAGCCCUUCUGCCCCCCCACACACACCAAAUUUACACAACAAAAUGACAUGUUCUAAUGUGAAAGGUCAUAAUAGCUUUCCCAUCAUGAAUCAGAAACGUGGACAGCUUGAUUUUUUAGACAACCACUGAACUAGAUGACUGUUGUACUGUAGCUCAGUCAUUUAAAAAAUAUAUAAAUACUACCUUGUAGUGUCCCAUACUAUGUUUUUUACAUGAUAGAUUCUUAUUUAAGUGCUAACUGGUUAUUUUCUUUGGCUGGUUUAUUGUACUGUUAUACAGAAUAUAAGUUGUACAGUGAAAUAAGUUAUUAAAGCAUGUGUAAACAUUGUUAUAUAUCUUUUCUCCUAAAUGGAGAAUUUUGAAUAAAAUAUAUUUGAAAUUUU